CGGAGUCAUCCGCGGCACAAACCAAAUGAGCUUAGAGAAAGUGGGCCGUCUCUGCGCUCUGCGUGGCCCUUCCUGCUUCAGCCUCAACUUUCUGCCUCACUCGUGUUUCCUGGCUUCAUCUUUCUCACACAGAGGAGCUCGAAAAGUGUCCGGCUGCUUUAGAGCCACAACGGACUGGAGUCGGGAUUUGUCCUCAAAUCUUCCGCGCUGGGAAAUAGAACUCGAAACCGAAGUUUAGUUAGGUCUUUCAAAAUAGUUUUUGUUUAAAUUUACUUGCGUGGGUUUUGGGUAGGAAGCGGAGACAGGAGUCUCUGAGUUGGUCUGUAUGAGUGUUUGAGAAGGAAAAAGCCGCAGGAUGAUCGCCGCUCAGUUACUAGCCUACUUCUUCACAGAGCUGAAGGAUGACAAAGCUAAAAAGAUUGAUAAGUACCUGUAUGCCAUGCGCUUCUCUGAUGAGACGCUGCUGGACAUCACCAGUCGCUUCAGAGCGGAGCUGAGCAAAGGUCUGGGCACCGACUCCAACGCCACCGCCUCACUGAAGAUGCUCCCAACGUUUGUUCGCUCCAUCCCGGAUGGAACAGAGAAAGGAGAUUUCAUCGCUUUGGAUCUGGGAGGCAGUGAGUUCCGGAUCCUCCGUGUCAAAGUGAGCUACGGGAAUAAGCAGACCGUUCAGAUGGAGAGUGAGGUCUACGACACGCCGGACGAAAUCAUGCACGGCAGCGGAACGAGACUGUUCGACCAUGUGGCGGAGUGUCUCGGAAACUUCAUGAAGAAACACGACAUCAAAGACAAGAAACUCCCAGUUGGCUUUACCUUCUCCUUCCCCUGCCGACAGACCAAACUGGACGAGGGAUAUUUGAUAAAAUGGACAAAACGCUUCAAAGCCAGUGGUGUGGAAGGGGCGGAUGUCGUCCAGCUGCUCAGCAAAGCCAUUGAAAAACGAGGAGACUACGAGGCUGACAUCAUGGCGGUGGUGAACGACACCGUGGGAACAAUGAUGACCUGCGGCUUUGAUGACCAGCGCUGCGAAGUCGGCAUCAUCAUCGGAACCGGCACCAACGCCUGCUACAUGGAGGAGCUGCGUCACAUCGACCUGGUGGAAGGAGACGAGGGCCGCAUGUGCGUGAACACCGAGUGGGGCGCGUUCGGGGACGACGGCAGUCUGGAGGACAUCAGGACACAGUUUGACAUCGAGAUAGACCGAGGUUCUCUCAACCCCGGCCAACAGCUUUUUGAGAAGAUGGUCAGUGGGAUGUACAUGGGGGAGCUGGUGCGCCUCGUCCUAGUGAAGAUGGCCCGGGAGGGGCUGCUGUUCGAGGGGAGAAUCACUGCAGAGCUUCUGACCAAAGGCACACUUCCGACCAAACUCGUCUCAUUAAUGGAGAAGAGUAAGGAAGGUAUAAGCAAAGCAAAAGAGAUUUUAAGUCGACUUAAUUUGGAACCGACUCUAGAGGACUGCCUCGCUGUACAGCAUAUUUGUUCCAUCGUCUCUCAUCGCUCCGCCAACCUGGUAGCUGCUGCCCUGGCCGGCAUCCUGCUGCGUCUGAAGGAAAACAAGGGAGUGGCGCGACUCAGAACCACUGUGGGCGUCGACGGCUCUCUGUACAAGACGCACCCGCACUACGCUCGCCGCCUCCAUAAGACCGUCCGACGUUUGGUCCCCGACUGCGACGUCCGGUUCCUCCUGUCGGAGAGCGGCAGCGGGAAAGGAGCUGCCAUGGUGACGGCAGUGGCCUACAGGCUCGCCGAACAGACCCACGAAAUCGAAAAGAUUAUGUCCAAGUUCCGCAUGACGACGGAGCAGCUGCUGGAGGUGAAAAACAGAAUGAGAGCAGAAAUGGAGAAAGGCCUUUCGAAAAGCACACAGGACGUCGCCGUCGUCAGAAUGCUGCCCUCGUUUGUCCGUAGCACACCUGACGGCACAGAGAAUGGCGAUUUCCUGGCUCUGGAUUUGGGGGGAACCAACUUUCGAGUUCUGCUGGUCAAGAUUCGCUCCGGAAAGAAAUCAGUGGAGAUGCACAACAAGAUUUACGCAAUUCCUUUUGAAGUGAUGCAGGGCACAGGAGAAGAGCUGUUCGAUCACAUAGUGCACUGCAUCAGCGACUUCCUGGACUACAUGGGGAUGAAGACGGCAUGUCUUCCUCUGGGCUUCACCUUCUCCUUCCCCUGCCGACAGACGGGUCUGGAUGCUGGCAUCUUGUUGAAUUGGACCAAAGGCUUCAAGGCGUCAGGCUGUGAGGCUGAAGACGUUGUUGGACUGCUGAGGGACGCCAUUAAGAGAACCGAGGAGUUUGAGCUGGAUGUGGUGGCCAUCGUCAACGACACCGUGGGAACCAUGAUGACCUGUGCCUACGAAGAGCCCACCUGUGAGGUUGGACUCAUUGCUGGAACCGGCAGUAACGCCUGUUACAUGGAGGAGAUGAGGAACGUUGAGAUGCUCGACGGUGAUCAGGGACGCAUGUGUAUCAACAUGGAGUGGGGAGCUUUCGGAGACAACGGUUGCCUCGACGACUUCAGUACGGAGUACGACCACGCCGUGGAUGACCUCUCUCUCAACGUAGGAAAGCAAAGAUAUGAGAAGAUGAUCAGCGGCAUGUACCUUGGUGAGAUCGUGAGGAACAUCCUCAUAGACAUGACCAAGAGAGGCUUCCUGUUCAGAGGGCAGAUCUCUGAAGCCCUGAAGACCCGAGGCAUCUUUGAAACAAAGUUCCUCUCACAGAUCGAGAGUGACGGGUUGGCUUUGCUGCAGGUGAGAUCCAUCCUGCAGCAUUUAGGACUGGACAGCACCUGUGAUGACAGUAUCAUCGUCAAAGAGGUGUGUGGAGCGGUGUCGCGGCGCGGCGCUCAGCUGUGCGGGGCCGGGGUGGCGGCUGUCGUCGAGAAGAUACGGGAGAACCGGAAACUGGAGCACCUGAAAAUCACUGUGGGAGUGGACGGCACACUCUACAAGUUACACCCACAUUUCUCUCGGAUCAUGAAGCAGACGGUCAAAGAUCUGGCCCCGAAGUGCAACGUCAACUUCCUGCUGUCUGAAGACGGCAGCGGCAAAGGAGCCGCUCUGAUCACAGCGGUGGCCUGCCGCAUGAGGAAAGAGGUCAAGAGUAAAAAGAAAUAACUACAUAUCAGGCAGCUUAUGGCUUUCAGUCCACUGCUACCGUCCUCAGCGCUGCACACUCCAGCUGCUGCUUCAUCCAUGUGUCUUCCUGAGACAGAAGGGGGAACGUCGGCCUCUCUCUCUGCUGUUCGGCAGGAGAGGUGAUUCAUUCUGAUUAAACUCUGCCUAUCAGCAUCCGGCCUCUUUAGGCUGUAAUUUUGUGAUUUCAAAGGUUAACCAUAAUUAAUUAUAAGCAUAAAAACGUCUGUUGAAACAUAAAUAAA